CCUCGUCUUGACUCAAACAAUUGCCCCGCAUUUCCGUCAGGUCAAAAUUGUUUGUCGAUUUCACCCCACCAUCGCCGAAUGAGCAGAUCAACACCAACAUUGUCCAACAUUGUGACCGCUUAAUUUCUUCUAUUCCAACCGCCCUCUCUCAAUCCGCCAAACUGUUCUUCCUCCGAGCCGCCGCGCGCCCUGCAGCCGCCUUGCGAAGCGUCUCUCCGCUCCGCCAAGUCCCGAUCAGGUCCCUCAACACCAUCUCGUUGUCUAACCCGCGCAUCAUGGCAGCCCUCGACGCCCAAAAAUACACCCCCGCUGAGGAGUCCGAGAUCCAGACCUGGCUCGACAAGGCUACCUCGCUCAAGGUGGCCGCUUCCGAUGCCCUCCUCGACACCCUCAAUACCGAUCUCGCGACCCGCACCACGGCCAUUGGGACCAAGCCCAGCAAGGCCGACGUCGCCCUGUACGAGUCUCUCGCCCCGCUCGUGAAGGCCUGGACACCUGAGCAGCGUACCGGCCAACAGGGCCGCCCCAAUAUCGUGCGCCUCGUCGACUUCGUGCAGAACAGCCCGCUGUUCGGUCUCAAUGUCGCCGAUGCCGACAAGGUACAGGUCGACGCCGAGGAGAUCCUCUACGUUAAGCCCCCCGUCGAUGCCAAGGCCGAGAAGGAGCGUCUAAAGAAGGAGAAGGCCGCUGCCGCCGCAGCCGCUGCCGGCGGAGACAAGACUCUCGUGGACCGGACAAAGGAGGCAGCCGGCGCCGUGGCGGAGAAGGCGGCGGAGGCGAAGGACAAGGUCGUCGAGGCCGUUGCGGGCGAGGGCGGCGCCAAGAAGCAGAAGAAGGAGAAGAAGGAGCGCGCCCCCAGGCAGCCCGCCCCUCCCCCGGCGCCGACCGUCAUGUCGCCCUGCCUGAUCGACCUGCGCGUGGGCCACAUCCUCAAGGCGAUCAAGCACCCCGAGGCCGACUCGCUCUACGUGUCGACCAUCGCCAUGGGCGACGCGCCCGGCACCGACGACACGACCGAGGUCGACGGGCAGGUGGUGCGCACCGUGUGCUCGGGCCUGAACGGGCUCGUGCCGCUCGAGGAGAUGCAGGGCCGCAAGGUGGUGGUGGUGUGCAACCUCAAGCCCGUCAAGAUGCGCGGCAUCAAGUCGUCCGCCAUGGUGCUCGCCGCGUCGCCCAAGAUCAAGGAGGGCGAGGUCGACGACCACAAGGGCCCCGUCGAGCUGGUCAACCCGCCCGCCGACGCCAAGGCCGGCGAGAGGGUCUACUUUGAGGGGUGGCAAGGCGAGCCCGAGAAGGUGCUCAACCCGAAGAAGAAGAUCUGGGAGGCCUUCCAGCCCGGUUUCACCACCACCGACUCGCUCGAGGUGGCAUUUGAUGCCGGGGUGGUUGAGGCGCUGGAGGGCAAGACCGGCUUGGGCAAGCUCGUGACGGCGAGCGGCGGUGUGUGCAAGGUUGCCACGCUGCAGGGCGCUCAGGUGCGGUAAGACGGAAAACGGCCCGGUGUAGGGAGAUACCAGCAGUACACCAUCGUCACCAGACAUGGACAGAUAGAUGGAUGUGUCAAGGCGCAACAAAAACAACACAAUAGAACAAUUUUCUAAACGCUGGCCAAACCAACAACCACCCCCAAAGAAGCGAAUUGACUUUUUCCCUCCCCCUUUCCACUUACUCACCCUCUCCUUCCCCAACCCGCGCUCUAAACUCCCGUCGGGCGAACCACGUCGGGCGUGGUCUUGCACCCGGUCGUGACGGUGCUCGUCGACGUGGGGAUGACACAGCUGGCGGUGCAGCCGGGGCAGUCCCCCGUCGCGACCACCGUCGCCGUCGGUGUGGUGGGGCAGCAGUCGGUGCUGUUGGGGGGGGUUGUUAGCUCCCUGUCGUGUCUUCGGGUUUCAUGCCCACGGUAUCACCACUGUUGCGGGGUAAAAGGGACAGAAAGAAAGGGGGAGGGGGGGCUUUACCUGCACGGCACCUUGGUGGUCGU